CGUUUCAAUUGGCGGCUUUCUCUCUCUCUCUCUCUCUCUCUCUUUCAGGAAGAGAAAGUUUCGAACUCGAGAAAUGGCGGUGGAUACUCCUGCUGGAGUAAUCGUCAUCGCUGCCGUGUUUUUACAAGCUGCCGCAACCAUGGUAGUAUGCGGUCCCGACGCGGUUCUGAAGCUGGAGAGAUUGAUACCGCCGAACCACGAACUUGGUCUGACUGAGCUCAGGGCUUUUGAUUCAGCUCGCCAUGGAAGGUUAUUGCAGUCUCCCGUCGGCGGCGUUGUUAAUUUUCCGGUUGAUGGAGCCUCCGAUCCGUUUCUCGUUGGGCUUUACUAUACAAAGGUUAAACUUGGGACACCCCCGAGAGAAUUUAAUGUUCAAAUUGACACUGGAAGUGAUGUUUUAUGGGUUAGCUGCACUUCCUGCAACGGCUGCCCCAAGACCAGUGAACUACAAAUUCAGCUAAGUUUCUUCGACCCUGGAAUUUCAUCCUCAGCUUCGUUAGUUUCAUGUUCAGACAGGAGAUGUUACUCAAAUUUCCAGACAGAAUCGGGCUGUGCUCCCAACAAUCUUUGUUCCUAUUCGUUCAAGUAUGGUGAUGGAAGUGGCACUUCUGGUUACUACAUCUCAGAUUUCAUGUCCUUUGAUACUGUUAUCACCAGUACAUUGGCUAUCAAUUCCUCGGCUCCCUUUGUCUUCGGGUGUAGUAAUUUACAAACUGGAGAUUUACAGAGGCCGAGGAGAGCAGUAGAUGGCAUCUUUGGGUUAGGACAAGGGAGCUUAUCUGUAAUUUCACAGCUUGCUGUGCAAGGACUUGCACCACGAGUAUUCUCUCACUGUCUCAAGGGAGAUAAAAGCGGUGGAGGUAUAAUGGUUUUAGGUCAAAUUAAGAGGCCAGAUACUGUCUAUACCCCCCUUGUUCCAUCACAGCCACAUUAUAAUGUGAACCUGCAGAGCAUUGCUGUAAACGGUCAGGUCUUACCGAUAGAUCCAUCUGUAUUCACAAUAGCCACUGGUGAUGGGACGAUAAUUGAUACAGGGACGACUCUUGCUUAUCUUCCCGACGAAGCUUAUAGUCCAUUUAUCCAAGCUAUUGCAAAUGCUGUUUCGCAAUACGGGCGUCCCAUUACCUAUGAGAGUUACCAGUGCUUUGAUAUCACAGCUGGUGACAUUGAUGUCUUUCCCGAAGUUAGUUUGAGCUUUGCUGGUGGUGCAUCAAUGGUCUUAAGACCGCGUGGGUAUCUUCAGAUAUUUUCUAGUUCAGGAAGUUCAAUAUGGUGCAUUGGUUUCCAGAGAAUGUCGCAUCGCCGUAUAACAAUUCUUGGAGAUUUGGUUCUGAAGGACAAAGUGGUGGUCUACGAUCUAGUUCACCAAAGGAUUGGAUGGUCAGAAUACGACUGUUCUCUGGAGGUGAACGUUUCAGCGUCAAGAGGGGGACGAAGCAAAGACGUUAUAAACACUGGACAGUGGAGAGAGAACGGUUCGGAGAGUUUGAAAAGAAGUUAUCACCUGUUACAAGUAGUAACAUUACUUGUCCAUCUUUUUGCGCGCUUCUUGUAGCUUCUACUAGCAUUCACAUCAACCCACUGUGGUCGGACUUUUGUAAUCUUAUUUAUUACAGUAAUUUUAACACAGAGAUGUAUCACUAAUUAAAUUUCGACUUUUUGGCCACCA